CCUUUGUUUACUCACGGUUUCACAGCAGUGCCUCGUGAAUCACUGAUUUCAUCUGACGAUUCCCUCGAUUGGGACUUGAGUUAAAUGAUACGAAGUGCGUGUCAUAAACACUCUAACAAAUACUUGAGAAGGAUUAUCGCGUUAUCAUGGGAUUGCCGGAGUGUGAAAGACAGGAAUCUUCGUCGCAUGGAAAAAGGAAAGGACGACGAAGUAUUUCUGCUGGUGGUCGAAGCAAGAAACGUCUUGGUACAAACGAAUGUGGUGGUGGCGUUAAGAGCGAGCAACGUUGCAUUGCUAAUGUACGGGAACGAAUGAGAACGCAGGCCUUAAACGAAUCCUUUGCGAAAUUGCGGCGAAUUAUUCCAACACUUCCAUCAGAUAAGUUGUCCAAAAUUCAAACUUUGCGCUUGGCAACGCGCUACAUAGAUUUCCUUUGCCAAGUUCUUGGCAAUGAUGAAAAGCAUCCGAACUCUGCCGCUAGCAGUUGCUUUCUGGCACACGAGCGAUUAAGCUACGCUUUCAGCGUCUGGAGGAUGGAGGGCGCUUGGUUUCAGGGAGAAUAAACAAAGAAAUCGAAAGCUUUUCGAUGUGCAUGUUUUCUUCAGGAAAUGAUUGAGAUUCAUAUUCCCGUUUAUUGGAUACAUGCAAUCGGUGUGCUUUUAAAAAUGAUUGCAAUCAGAACGUUUGAGCUUUCCUCUAUAAAAUUUCCACGGGCACGAAAAACUAUAGUAGUGGAUUACCGUUAUCCUUAUGAACACCAUGGAUUGCUAGUGUCUGAAGGGGGAACAUCAUAAUGUACAAAUGCUCAUUGACUUUAUCUUUUUUCAAAAGGCAUAUAAUAACGUGACAUUCGUAUUUGGGUAUGUGUUGAGGGAGGUACAAGAAGUAAGAGCCAUAGUACAAUACGAAAAUUACUUUGUAAAAAGAAAGUAUAUGAUUGAUUUUUUUCGUUUGCUAAUACUCGCAUAUCUAAAUGAAGGCAUCAUUUUAGCACGCUCUUUGCUCAUCAUUGAGAUAAGUUAAUCUAAAAAUGCAUGCUGAUCCAUGUAUAGAAGUGACGAAAUAUAUCGUACCCAAUUAUUGAACUGCAAAAUGUAAGAUCUGUUAUAUAUUGUUCGAAAAUUUUAAAAAAACUUUUUAAUUCACGAGCAAAGACAGUGAAAGUAAUUUGUAAACAGAUGUGUGUUUGUAGAUUUUUCCAUUUCACGAAUAAAUGAUAUUUUACAACAA